UUCAUAUCAUCAAUGCUCUCCACUAAAUCGAUCGAUAAUGGUAAUUCCCACAUGAUUCCGGCACCAGCAUAAAUUGGUUACCCAAAUGCGAUCGAUAUGAAUUUAAGUAUAAAUUGAACAGUAACACAAGCCAAGAUCACAGUGUAGGAAAAAGCACGCUAGAAUGCUUAGAAGCAGUACACAAAACCAAAAUCAGUAUUUUUUUAACAGUAUUUUAUACAGCUCAUUCUAAACCAGGAAAACAUGCAUUCGACUUUGCUGCUAUCAUUUGGCGUACUGCUCUUAUUAACAACUCUGGCUAACCAAUGUCAGGGCAACGAAAGUCCUGGAUUUUUCUUGAAGAUCACUAAAAAUGUACCGCGCCUGGGACGACGCUCGGAUAGUUAUUUCCUGAAGAAUAUGAAAGCAAUACCGCGUAUAGGACGUCGUGCCGAUGGGGUUCUUGACGUCACCUUUCCGCUAUCGAAGCGUAUGCUUCUCAAUCCAGCCGACGCAGCAGCGGCCGCCGAACGUGAAUACAGUCUGGUGCAGCCGGUCACUUCGAAUACACUGAUCGAACUGUUGAAUAAGAAUGCAAUCGCCGCGGAUAAUAUAAAAUUCGUACACUGGAAGGACUUCGAUCGUGCACUGCAAACAGACACAGAAUUGUAUGGCAAACUGAUUUCGUUGGGUCGCAAGCCGGAUCAGCGACUGAAGGACGAUCUUAACAUUGAUAUGACCAACGGAUUUACACCUCUAUUGUCCAAUAAUAAUGAUUAUAUAUACUACAACAAAGAUGUGGACGAGAUGUACGCACCGAAGUAUGGUGGAGAUUUUAUGCGUUACAAUCAAUUGUUUUAG